AUGGAGUCAUUCGCACAUAACCACCUUCGUCUUCAUCAUUCCAAAACUUCACAGCCUCCUACCAACGCCAUAGCUCUGUUUGAGUCUACAGUACUUUACUUAACACGAGAAUCUCUCUCACAACCUCAUUUGAUUCAUCUGACUCGGUCCCCAAUGCCAUACAAUAUAACUGAAUUCUUCAAAUCACAACCUCUCACCCUCUCCUGGGAUAACGAUAAUCACAGUGAUGAUGAUCAUGGUGAUGACAGGCUUCGAGUUCGUUGUGGAGGAAAGCUCAAUGCCAUCUGCACACAUUUCAAAGGCUAUCACUGUAAUGGCAUUAUUUGUUUCCAACACUAUUACGAUCGAAAAGUCAAAAUCGUCUUCUACAACCCAACACUGAGACAAUGCAAGAUUUUAGAUCAACCCCAACUUUCUGUUCCUGAUUAUUGGAGAAGGACAAAUGGAUUUGGGUACGAUCGAAGAUCAAAGGUUUACAAAUAUGUCGAAAUUUUCUUCAAGCUAAGAGGAUACAAAGCUCAAAUUUGUAGUCUGAGCAGUAGCAGCCAUACUUGGAGUGAGAUCGAUAUCAGUAGUGACGUUGGUAAAUUCAUUGGUUUUUCGGGAGUCUACUUGAAUUCUGUUUAUUAUUGGAACAAUGGUUCUUCUUACGGAGUUGUUUCAUUUGACAUGUGUACUGAGAAAUUCAGUAUCAUAUCGUUGAUACCAGAGACUGAUUAUUGUUCGGCUUCACUUUCAGUUUGGAAGAAUGAGUCGGUUGUGCUUUUAACCCUCGAGCCCAGGGAAAGUUAUUUCCCUAUCACUACGAGUUAUAGAAUGUGGGUUCUGACCGAUGACUCUAACGGAGGAGGAGGUGGAGGUGGAGGUGGCCCUUAUUGGAGGAACCAUCUUGUGAUUGGUCCAUUGCCACCAUCGAAGGAUCUGUUUCAUUGCUUGGAUUUUUGGAGCGAUGAAGAACUGCUGAUAAGGCGUGUGAAGACGUACCAAAAGAUUCUGUCAUACAACAUUCGAAGCAAGAGGAUUAGAGAGUUGGAUAUUCCUCACAACUUGACUUAUGUCAGUUUGACUUUGUAUUCAAAAAGUUUGGUUUCGUUAUUCAACCAUCGUUAG